UUAUGGAGGAUGCAUUUUGUGUGGUGGUGUUCUAUCUUCGGUUUCACAGUUCAGAGCAGCUAUGAAAGGGUGCACGUUGUUUUGCAGAAGAGCAAACACCACACCUUGUCCAUGUCAUGACAGAUUUUAAUUAUAAACACACAUGGACUUGUCCCAACCACAUUUCAUUUCAUGUCAUCUCUCAAAUGCACACAGUUACAACCGCAUCCACGACAAGCACCAUAACUUACAACUUACAAUAAAAUCAUUAAUUCCUAUCCCGACACAUUCACAUCACUCCACCAUCUGGCAACUUAUUUCUUGUGUGGAUGCCAACAGUUUUAUGCCCAACAGUCCCUACCACUUCUAAUAAUUCAAUUUUCCACCAUAUAUAAACGACUACAACUUUGGCUUCAUAUAUGUAUUAUAAUUCUGAUUAAAUAUGGAGCAUAGGUCUACCUUCACAACCUGCUACUUUCUCUUUCUCUUUCUCUUCCUCGUCCUUCCUCACUGUUCAAAAGGGGAAUCAGAAGGAAUAUUGAGUUCAGAUUCAGAUAUAUAUGAGAUUGAUUAUAAAGGUCCUGAAACACACUCUUCAGUUCCUCCUCCUCAUCAUUAUCCUCAUUCAAUUCCACGAAAAGACAUAGUCAGAGCAGAGAAUGUUUUUGGUAGUGCUACUCUGGCAACAAAUAAGGCAAGUUAAGAAAGUCCAUGGAUGAGGGGAAGCUUUAAACUAAAAUUCAAUGGACUAGUACUUCAUGCUCAUAAGAAAUACAAUGUAAAGAAUGAAGAGUUGGAAUAUGUUUCAUGGUUUGGCUAUACUUGUUUUUUUGAUAGUACGGAUGAUGUUUUUGGUACAUAUAUUGAGUAUACAUAUUUUUGUAUUGAUGUUAUGAAUAUUGCAGUUUCUUAGUUCUAAAGAUACAAUAUAUAGUACUUCUACUA